AUGUCGUCGAUCGCCCGCAGAUCGUUUGCUCUUGUUUUACUGGCCGCCUACAUAGGCGCGUUUUCGGUCUUCGGAGAUGCUAAGCCGUCGAGCGCUACGGAGCCGAACAUAAAGACGCAAUCACAUUGUCCUAGGGGUGCAAAAUGUGCUCUAAUCAAUAAAGAUGAAAAGCACCAUAUCCAUCUCGGCACCUAUAACAACGAGGGAGAAAAUGAACCGUUGGUUAUCAAAGUGCACAAGAGUCAACUCAAAGAACCACGGUAUUACGCCGUCACCGCAGAUAGCCGUAAAGCUACUGGUAACGAGUGGAUGAGCGUUGGAGUUUUUAACACCGGAGAACACAAGAAAGUUAAAGGACGGCAUCAAAAGUACUUCAACAGAAUCUUGACUAAGAAAUUCAUGAGGAGAAUAGUGAUGACAGGACAGCAGGCGCAUGGAAUCAGAGCGAUUGCCUUUGUAACUCGCAACGUCAAAAAGACGGUUUAUGACAUCAAAUUCCGAGGAGGCCAUCACGUCGAAGCCCGGCCCGAGAGUACAACAGAAGCCGUUCACGUUCAAGACGGAGAUGAGGUAGAUGCCCAGCCCAAGACCACCACAGACUCUGUUUCCGUUGCGGAGGGCGAUGAAGCUGAAGCUCAGACCGAGGCUUCACCAGAUGCUGAUGCCGCCGCAGAGGGUGAUGAAGCUGAAGCUCAGACCGAGGCUUCACCAGAUACUGAUGCCGCCGCAGAGGGUGAUGAAGCUGAAGCUCAGACCGAGACUUCACCCGAUGCUAUUGCUGCCGCUCCCGCAGAGAGGGAUGAGAAUCACCUGUUCAUGUUCCCAGAAGUAGAUGGACCAGAAUAUGCGAAGGGAACCAUCAUUGUCUAUCCAGGUGUCAAGGAAGGUAAAUACUACGUGGUGUUCGCUUAUGGAAAUCCUUUGGGGGGCCCUGAGAUGGAGUGCUUCAAGGAGGUGAUCGUGAAGGUGCUGCCAUAG